CUGCUCAGCUUGGUGAACCUCAACAAUGAAUUUGGUGACGUGGCUGCUUCUGGCAACCCCGCUGACUUCAUCCCCGUGCUCCAGUAUCUUCCCAGCCGCACAAUGCGUUUAUUUAAAGAUUUCAACAAGCGAUUUGUCCAUUUCCUGCAGAAGAUUGUCAAAGAGCACUACAAGACCUAUGACAAGAACAACAUCCGAGACAUCACUGACUCCUUCAUUAAGCAAUGCCUGGAGAAAAAAGUGGAAGCAAAUGCUGCCACGCAGAUCCCUAACGAGAAGAUCAUCAACCUUGUGAAUGACCUCUUUGGAGCAGGCUUUGACACUGUGACAACUGGCCUGUCCUGGAGCCUCAUGUAUCUCGUGACACACCCCAACAUCCAGAAGAGGAUCCAGGAAGAACUAGACCAGACGAUCGGCCAGGAGAGGAGACCAAGGUUGAUGGACCAAGGUGCGCUGCCCUACACAGAAGCCUUUAUCCUGGAGAUGUUCAGGCAUUCCUCCUUCCUGCCAUUCACCAUUCCACACAGCACAACCAGGGACACAGUGCUGAAUGGCUACUACAUCCCAAAGGACCGCUGCGUGUUUAUCAAUCAGUGGCAAGUGAAUCAUGACGAGAAACUUUGGAAGGAUCCACUGAACUUCAACCCAGAGCGUUUCCUCAGUUCUGAAGGGACUGAAGUGAACAAAGUGGAUGGGGAGAAGGUGCUGCUUUUUGGCCUGGGGAAAAGGAAGUGCAUUGGGGAACCCAUUGCCAGGUGGCAGAUCUUCCUUUUCCUGUCCACCUUGCUCCAGCAGCUGGAGUUCAGUGUCUGCAGUAUCAAUAAGGUGGACAUGACGCCACUCUAUGGACUGUCCCUGAAGCACAACAGAUGCGAGCACUUCCAGGUCAAGCAGCGCUUCCCCAUGAAGAGCACCAACUGAGCAGUGGGCUUAUCCAUUGCCCAGACAUCACCAGGGGGUAAAGACCUGGGUGUCCUUUUAGCAAAGCUGGGUCUGGUACAAAUUUAUGGGAUGAUAUAAUAAACUGAAGCC